AUGUCCGAGAAAUCCUCUCAGAAAUGGAACGCUGUCGCUCACGAGGCUCUGCUCUUCGCCAUGAUUGAAGAGUUUAGGCCUAGCAAGGACAAGAUCGUGUCCAUUGUGGAGCGAAUGAGCCAGCAGGGCCACCAUUUUACCUUUAACGGAGUCAACCAGCACAUUCAGAAGCUCCGCAAAGCUCGCGACACUUCUGCGCUCGACAGCUCUGGCGAUGGCGGCUCCAAGCCCACCACCCCGCGCAAGGCCACCCCGCGCAAGACCCCGACGUCCGGCCGCGGCAAGCGAAAGCUUGAAGAAGAGGAAGACGAGCUGAGCCUCGACCUCAAGGGCGAGUACGAGGAAGAGACCAAAUCUACUCCCUCCAAGCGCGUCAAGAAUGAGCGUUUAUCUGAGGUCCCUGACUGGAAGACUGAGGCCUUCCGCAACGGCGAGAUCUAA